AUGGUGGAAGUUACAGAUCCCAAUACUAGUUCUACAGGAAGCAAUGUUAUCGAUGUAAGUAAUCCUCUUUACAUUCAUCCAUCUGAUGGUCCCAGCCUGCCUCUUGUUCAGGUUGUAUUUGAUGGAAUCGGUUAUAGAUCUUGGAGGAGAAGUGUAAUGAGAUCCCUCUCUGUAAAGAACAAGUUAGGAUUCAUUAAUGGUGAGUGUAAGAAACCUGCACUCAAUUCUCCUCAAUAUCGACAGUGGGAAAGAUGUGAUAAUAUGGUCACAUCUUGGAUUCUUAAGUCUCUUGGAAAAGAAAUUGUUGAUAGUGUAGAGUAUGUUUCUGAUGCUCUCGAAUUGUGGAAGGAGUUGGAAGAAAGAUAUGAUCAAACAAAUGGGGCUAAGUUGUUUCAGAUCCAAAAGGAAAUCAAUGAUUUGAGUCAAGGUGUACUUGACGUGACUGUGUAUUAUACUAGGAUGAAGAAGCUGUGGGAAGAAUUGAACAAUCUGAGUGCUAAAGAUCAAUGUAGUUGUGUGUGUAUCUGUGGGGGAAAAGAGAACAUACAUAAGGCAGAGCAGGAUAGGAGACUCAUUUAA